ACAGAGGAGAGAAAGUGAGGAGGAAUCACAAUAGCUGUAAAGACAGGGACAGUCGGGCACAGGCAGGGGGAAGUAGGGCAGAAGGGCAAUAAAAGCAGGAGAACUACACUGACAGAGGCUGCGAGACAGACAUAGAAGGAGAAAGGCUGGGGAGACAGUGAGAAAAAGACUGGAAGAGACAUACAGAGGGCAUACAGGCAGGUGGGGAGUUACUUUAUUAGAAUAGUCAGGCAGGAGCAAGUAUACAGGGUGUGACUGUGGAUAAUCCACGGUGUAAGGAACAACCUGGAGCAGAUUUAGAAAAAUCAGGGGUUUAAGUCAGAGACAGCCAGGGUUCUCGGGAGAGGAAAGAGACAGGGGUCGCGGCAGGAGCACUUAGCUGACAGACCUACUUGCCACCUUGAUUUAGUCAGUAAGUAAGAUGGUGCUUAGUGAGCACCUGCUGGUGCUGCUGGGCGCGGUACUGUGCGCCCCAGCUCUAUCCGACGUGUUGUUCCGCUGCCCCCCGUGUUCCCCCGAGAGACUGGCCGCUUGUCCUGGCAACAGUCCCCGCUCCCCGUGUGCAGAGUUGGUGCGUGCGCCUGGGUGCGGCUGCUGCCCGGUGUGCGCAAGGCUGGAGGGAGAGUCGUGCGGGGUUUACACUGCGCGAUGUGCCGGAGGGCUCCGCUGUUAUCCUCACCCAGGAUCAGAGCUACCACUGCAGGCGCUGGUCUUGGGACUGGGAACUUGCGGCAAGAGGAGAGACGCAGAGUAUGGGAGCAGCCAGGAGCGGGGAACAGAGCUGCCAGAGGACCAGUCGGAUAACAUGCUUGUUGAUAAUAAUUUGGUUGCUGGGCCGGCAGUUCCCGGAGACUUCAUGCCGAGGAAAUCCUCAAAAGCCCAUGCGGUGAAUAGGGAGAGAGCGAACGAGCAACACAGAUCGAAGACCAACAAAAGCGAGGACAAGAAGAGACCAGCCAGGAGCCUAUGUCAGCUGCAGCUGGACCAGGUUUUGGAACGGAUCUCGGGUAUGCACCUCCCUGAUGACAGAGGUCCCCUCGAGCACCUUUAUGCGCUUCCCAUUCCUAACUGUGACAAGAACGGAUUCUUUAAUCUCAAACAGUGUAAGAUGUCAGUGAAUGGUCAGCGCGGAGAAUGCUGGUGUGUAAACCCAAUCACUGGGAAGGUUCUGCCUGGAUCUCCCACUGUCCGAGGGGACCCUGAAUGCCAUUUGUUUUAUACAAACCCAGAGGAGGAGCGCCGAGCACAUACCCAGCGAGCUCCAUAAGAAGAUCAGAAGCCAGUACCGGCAAUCCCGGCCUGCCCACCGCUGGCUAAUAUCACAGUCUUUGUUUUCAUGCACAUUGGAUCAAACAAUCACCAUUGUUGCAAUAGCUUUGAAAGUGGGAAUUGGCUGGUUGAUGUAUUAGCCGAAAACCUCACUGGAGUUUCCAUUUACUUAAAAAAACAAAACCUUUUGGUUCCCAAAAUCCAGGUGGUUGGAUUAACAGGGAAGGGAGGAUUUAGGAAAAUAAGUCAGAGCCAGCCAGUAAGACCAUCCCAACUUCAUAAGCCAAUCAGGAUGGAUUUAGAAAGUAAACCAAAUAACCAGCCCCUUGGGUGUCACAGAGGUUGUGUUAAUGUUACACAAAACCUCGCUGGCACCAAGGGAUAUAAACACCAAAAUAUAUUACCCCCCCCCCAUGCUGCAGGUUAUCUAAGCAAUGAAAGCUUGAGCAUGUCUUUUUUCUUGCCAUGUUCCAUUCUACUAGAAUCUACUAGAACCCAUUCUUCCUCCUUAUCAGAAACCAGUUCUCAGGGGAGUUCUCGAACCCUAUUUAUUACACAAUUUUGGUGCAAAUUCCAAUUUCCAGUUUCAAUACUUUGAUCUUGUUUAAAACAAAGUCUGGGAAUGUGAAAGGGCAAUUUUAAUUCAUAUCUUUCCAUGAGUUUACUGUGUGUUUGGAUGUAUUUACUGACUGCAAUUACAGGCAAAAAAGAGGUUACAGCACCCAGGGGGAAUGACCUUGAAACUGUACCUUAAAUAGACAAUGCAAAAGUAAGGAAACAACAUCGUCCCCCCCUACAAAAAUAUGCAUAUGAGUGAGAGCUGCCAUAUUUACUGGUAUACAGUAUGACCACUGGGGGUGCUGUAUAAAUGCAUAUACAUAGACACACAAUAAGCUAUACACUCAUACUCUACUUUCUAAGGAAAACAAUAUGGCACCUCCUAUGCAUAUGUAUAAAUGGGCACACGAUAAGCUAUACCCUCAGACAGUAGCAGCUAACAUCCCUAUAGAAGUAUGUGCACACUGCUAUCUAUAUGUUAUAAUUUACAGUCUCUCCUGCAGCAGAGGCAUCUAUAAUGUCAAUGUGCAUAGUUUAACACAGCAUAACUGUGUAUCAAACAAUUUCCAUGUAUCUGAGGGGUUUGAAAUAAAUUCUAAUGAAUAGGAAAGAAAUGAUAAGGGCAUGAAAUAAAAGUAUAGUCCUCUGUGGUUACGCUAUGUUUAUGUAGAGAGUAGUGUUUUCUUAUGGAGCAGAGCUAAAUGUGUUCAUUUCUGCGCUGAGAGUUGCUGUGGGUUGGGAUGGGCUUAGCUGUUUAGAUGCAGCACAAGUCUAAUUGAACUGCCAAUUAGCCAGUCAGUAUUUAGAGUUUAGACAAUAUGACACAUUUAUAGGGGGUUGGUUUGCAGUUCAUUGUAACUAUGUAACACAUUCAAAAAGGCAGUUAGGGUGCUGGGAGUUGUAGUAAUUAUAGUCUUCAGGGCUGUUGGUUACCUAAACAAGAUUUAAUGUGUCCUCUGUCUUAGAACAUCAGUGUUAAUUUGUGCAACCAAGAGGUUUAACAGCAGGUUACUGGACCAAAAAUGACAACAUAAGUUUUCUGUGAAUACUGGGAGUUUUCGUGUAGAAGACAAUUGAGGAACAUGAACCUUCUUUUGCCUUUCACCCUCUUGAGCUUUUUCUAUGACUCUAUUAUACUUGUCUGCAGGAUAUUUAAGUGCUUUCUUCUCAUUCAGAUCUAUAGGUUUUUUCGAGACAGUACAUGAGAUGCAUUCUAAACAAAUACCACUAGAUGUCAGAAUGUGUGCAGCGAUUUCAUAGCAGAGAGAAUUAGAACCGGUUCUGCUCAGUCAGGGAUGUUCCAUAUAAAUACAUUGCACAAAUAAUUCUAUAGGAAGUAGAUAACUGAUAUAAACCUGGCCUAGACCCAAAUCAAGGAAAUGAACUGUUUAUCUACACUAAAAACCAUAAAUCAAUAUAAUGGGACACAUAAAAUCCAAAUGAUGCAUGGUUAAUUAGCAAGCAGAGUACACCUAUAUUUCUAAUUAGACAGAAGAAGUGGGUUUAAUAAGUGUCUAGUUUUAAAGGUUGAGGUGGGAAACUAAGAAGCUGGCUCAUAGACAUGGGGGCACCUCUAUGUACUAGCAAUGUAUCAAAUAAAUACAUGUAUUAGAACUCCUGACCUAAGUAUACAUUGCCUUAAGACAGAGGCAGCAGCCAAUAAACUAAUUUGUUGACAUUGUUGGAUGAGUUUGGCAUGAGAGUGGUGUAAAUAUGAUGGUACUGACUGUAAUGCACUGUGCAGCAAUGUAUAAUUACACUGUGUAUCCUGCUAUAAAGUCAAUAAAUCUCUUGACAAGU